AUGGGGACUCGAUUCACGGGUGAUAGUAAGGACCCGGAGGUUAAUGUCACGGCUUGGUGUUUGCUGGUCGUGGUCAUUCUGGCUGUCUUUGCGAGGUUGGGUACGAAAUAUCAUAUAUUUCAUAGGCUUACGUCUGAUGAUUUUCUGGUCGUUUUAUCCUCGGUAUUUUACAUCGCGCAGGUUGUAACUUUAUCUCUGGCGGUCGCUUCUGGCUAUGGAACACAUAAACAGGAUGUUUCUGAUUCCGAUUUCGAGCAAGUCAUGAAGGUUCGUUUCUCCUUGACAGAUAUCCUAUUGCACCAAGCUGAAAAGUGUUUGCAGAACCUGUGGGCAGCUUCUUUGCUGUACAUUGCAAGUCUGUGCUUUUCGAAACUGUCCAUGGUCCUCUUUACACUGCGUUUGAGUCCUGCGGCGAAAGACCAUCGCUUGGGCAAGAUUGUGGCGAGCGUGGUCAUCAUCUGGACUCUCGUCGCAUUGCUGGGCACUGCCUUUCAAUGCGGAGUGCCACGAGGCUGGGACUUCUGGGAUGGGAAAUGCAUCAAUAUGGAAGCAUGGCACUACUUCGUCUGCCUUUCCAACAUGGCAACAGAAGCUCUAAUUCUCACACAAGCAUUCUUCUUAAUCUACGGCAUCCACGCCUCUUUCAAAAAGCGCCUGGUAUUCGCCGGCAUCUUCCUACCAAGAAUCUUCGUAAUAGGCAGCAUAAUCGUCCAACUACCCCUCAUCCACCCAGCUUCAUCCUCGCACGACCCCAGCUACGACAUAUGCGACAUAUCAGUAAUAGAAGAAGUGGUGCAAUGUCUCAGCAUUGUAACAGCCUGCUGGGGCCAGUUAAAGCCAUUCCUAACCUGGCUGAAACUGGAAGGUCGACUUGAAGUGAUCACGAACGAAAAUACCUACAAUCUGCAGGAUUCCAAGUCACAGUUCAGAUCACGGGAGAGAAAGACGAGUACACCGGACUAUGGAAUUGCGCGUGAACCGCUUGUUGUUUCUGUUACGAGGGACUGGGAGGUGGACAGUCAGUCGAGCCAGACGCAUAUUAUUCACGAGAAUCAGCAUCCUUGGAUGGGUGAAGGGUCGGAGCCUACUAUUGAGGGUGGUCGGCAGAGUUUGGAUAGAGGUAGAUAG